UUUCAACAAUGAAAUUCCUAAAUUGCAAAGCAUAUUGGAGAUUUGAUUGCUUUGUGAAGCUUAUAGUUGACCGUUUUAUACCAAAGGAAGCUCUGUUGAGGAAGUCGCGAGUACAAGUUUUGUGGGGUGAAGAGAAUGAAAAACCAUGUAAGCUUUGCAAAUGCUCGAUGAAGGGGAGAAAGGGGCGAUGUUCAAGGAGCAAGGGCCAACAAAGUGGAGUUGCAGAGUUGAAUGAAGAGAAUGAAAGAUACCUAAGCUGCAAGAGCUAAGGUGAAGAGAAAGGAGGGACAAUGUGGAUUUAGUUUAUCAUUCAUAUGAUCUAUCUCAUGGACAGUCAAAUGUUUGUCCUCAGGUGUGCCUAUACUAAUUUUGUCAUAUAUUGGGUCUUAUUUGAUCUGAACACAUGUCAGGGGUGUGUUGGAUAUAUAUUUAUAUUAGAUGCAAGUGUUAUAGAAGGUAUUCAGAAAUGUCUGUGAAGCCUAGCAUCCAUGGGAAUUAUUUUCUUGAUUCACUGUAGCAAUCCAUCUCCUCUUUUUAGGGGAAGGGUUGCCGUGACCCCAUACGAACAUUUGCGGCUAAGUCCUUAUUUGUCCUAUUUGAGUGGCGCUAUAGCUGGAUGCGCAGCAACUUUAGGAUCAUAUCCCUUUGAUCUUCUAAGAACAAUUUUGGCAUCACAGGGUGAGCCAAAGAUAUACCCGAAUAUGAGAUCUGCAUUUGUAGACAUACUACGAACACGAGGUAUUCGAGGAUUGUAUUUUGGAUUGUCCCCAACUCUAGUUGAGAUCAUUCCAUAUGCUGGCUUGCAGUUUGGGACUUAUGAUACAUUUAAACGAUGGAUGAUGAAUUGGCAUAGGUUCAUGCUUUCGAAUACUGGCUCGCCUAACAAUGGCGACUCUCUCUCAAGUUUUGAAAUCUUUCUUUGCGGAUUCGCAGCCGGUACGAGUGCAAAAGCAGUCUGUCAUCCCCUUGACGUGGUAAAAAAGAGAUUUCAGAUCGAGGGAUUACAGAGGGAUCUCAAGUACGGCGCAAGAGUAGAGAGGAGCACAUACAGAAACAUGUACGACGCGCUUCUUCAGAUUUUGAGAAAUGAGGGAUGGGCAGGGCUCUACAAGGGAAUCUACCCUUCUUUGAUAAAAUCUGCUCCUGCUGGUGCUGUCACCUUUGUGGCUUAUGAAUACAUCUCUGAUUUCCUAGAAAACUACAGCAAACGACAACCGCAGUCAACUAGAAGUCAAAUUUUGCUACAGGUUGUCUACUUCCCUGCAAACUCUCCUGCAACAUUAUCUGUAAGAGACUUCCAGUUAACUACAAACACUACAGGAACCGCAGCUGGAUUUGUAAUUGCACGGAAUAUACAUAAUAAGGACUUAAACCUUCUGAAAAACACAAGGCAUAUGACACCUUCUCUGAUGGAAAAAGGAGCUAGGCUGGUGGUUACCAAAUUUCUUCAACGCUUUAUCUCAACCGGUUGUUUGAUAUUGCUGGAAGAUGGAGGGGAUGCUUCCUCCUUUGGAGAAACUAAGCCAAGUUGUUUGAAAUCUAUCAUUAAAGUGCAUAGUCCACUAUUUUACUGGAAGAUUGCUACAGAAGCUGAUAUAGGCCUUGCAGAAGCAUACAUUAAUGGCUACUUUUCUUUUGUGGAUCAAAAAGGCGGUCUUUUAGAUUUUAUUUUGCUACUUAUUGCUAACAAUGAAUCAAGAUAUACUUCCACCAACAAGCAAAACAAAAGAGGUUGGUGGACGCCAUUGCUUUGCACAGCAGGGAUUGCAUCUGCAAAAUACUAUCUACAGCACAUCUCAACAAAAAAUAGUAUUUCACAAGCCAUCCAUAACAUAUCUCAACAUUAUGAUCAGAGCAAUGAAUUCUUUUCUCUAUUCUUAGAUGAGAGGAUGCAAUACUCUUGUCCAAUUUUUAAGAAUGCAAAUGAAGGUUUAGAAGAUGCACAACUUCGUAAAAUAUCAGUUUUAAUUGAUAAGGCAAACAUUGAUGCAAAGCAUGAAAUACUUGAGAUUGGGUGUGGUUGGGGAGGUUUUGCCAUAGAAGUGGUGAAGCAAACAGGCUGCAAAUAUACAGGCGUCACAUUGUCUAUAGAGCAACUAAAAUUUGCAAAAAGAAGAGUUGAAGAAGCUGGUUUACAGGAGAAGAUAACAUUGUUGCUGUGUGAUUAUCGCCAAUUGUCAAAAUCAAGGAAAUAUGAUCGCAUUAUAUCUUGUGAAAUGAUCGAAGCAGUUGGUCAUGAAUACAUGGAAGAAUAUUUUAGCUGUUGUGAGAACCUUUUGGCUGAAGAUGGCAUAAUUGUUCUACAGUUUACUUCAGUCCCAGAUCAAAGAUAUGAAGAACAAAGACAAACACCUGGUUUUAUACUAGACAUUAUUUUUCCUGGUGGAUGUCUUCCUUCUUUAAACAGAGUAGUUUCUGCCAUGACUUCUUCCUCUCAACUCUGUGUUGAGCAUGUGGAGAACAUAGGCAUACAUUUCUACCGAGGAUUAAUGUAUUGGAGAGAAAAUUUGAUGACAUACAAAUGCAAGAUUCUUGCCCUUGGGUUUGAUGAAAGAUUCAUACGCAAAUGGGAGUACUACUUCAUGUUUUGUGCAGCAUGUUUCAAAUCACGAAUAAUUGGGAAUUACCAGGUAGUUUUCUCCCGCCCGGGAAAUCUUAAGGCGUUUAAGGACUCUUACAAGGGCAGUGAUGCAGAACAAUAUCCUCACAAAUCAUGCAAAUAAAUUUAUCUAGUUUGUUAUAGUUGAUAUGUACUCUUCUUAUGAAUGUGUUAUCUUUAAGCCUUGUGUUAAGUCUCUAAAAUUUUGUGAUAGUAAGAUUGUAA